AUGCCAAAAACUUUUGAACUGAAUCAAACAGACAAACAACAGAAAUGUACUGGGUGCUUCUCAGAAAGCAUUCACUUAAUAACCGAUAAAAUAGAAAUUUGUAACCCUAGUAACAAGUAUAUCGAUAUACUAAUCAUGAUAACGUCUUUUCCGCAAAAUAAGUUGAGUCGAAACGCUAUGAGAGAUACUUGGUUGAGGCAUACAAAAAAUAACACAGGAAAUAUCAGAUACGAUAUCAUAUUGGGAAGUUUUAAGGACGCAUACAAUAGUCUGACUUUUAAAACAUUGAUGGGUUUUCAAUGGGCAAACAAACGAUGUCCAAAUGCACAGUUCGUUAUGAAAACGGAUGAUGAUGUGUACGUGCAUAAUCCUGGACUAAAAAAAAGCCAUUUUGGAGGAAGAUGUCAACAUAUUGCAAGUCCUGUAAGAGAUAAAAGAUCCAAGUGGUAUGCUUCAUUUGACAGCUAUCCAGAAAAAACAUAUCCGGGUUAUUGUUCUGGUACUGGAUAUGUCACCAGUUUGAACGUUAUCACAAAAAUAGUUAAAAUAUCAAAAAGUGUUCCGUUUUUUAAUCUGGAAGAUGUGUUUGUUGCUUUGUGUAUAAAAAAACUUGUAUUACGUUUAAAUCCAAUCACCGGCUUUAUGUUAGCCUAUGAUUUUGUCAAUUGCAAAAACAACGAUAAUAAAUUAGUUACCAUUCAUCAAGUGUCAGUCAGCAUAUUGAGACGUAUUUGGGAGAUACCUUGCAAUGCAAACAAAGUAUGA